AUGUCUCGAACUAGCAGGCCACGAGCAUACAACAACCUACCUCAAGAACGAUAUCAAGGUCGUGCCUCUUUUGGGGAACCACCCCCGAAGGAAAUACGGAAGAAGCUGGCAGAUGAAACGCUAUCCAUGAUACCGAGCGUUCUCACCACUAUGGGAUUCGGCGAACAACCGGAGUCGACUUUGUUCUCAUCACAACUCGAACCACUUGACAACAGCAUCUGCCCAGGAUAUACCUUCCCCGACCUCAAAGUUCGAUACGCCGAUACUUUCUCUCUAGCACGACAACUUCUGAAAACUCGCCCCGACUAUUUGGGCAAAGUCGCAGUGCUCAACUGUGCCUCUGAUACAGAAUUAGCUGGAGGCUGGCGACAUCGAUCUGGCACGACUCAGGAGGACGCGCUUUGCUAUUCAUCCACACUAUGGCCAACAUUGGACCGGUGGAAGAGCAAAUAUCCCUGGCGAAAUACGGUGAAUCGGUCCGGAGGCAAUGCAGGAGAGGAUUGGACGACCGUGAGCGUGGUCAGCGUGGCAGGUUUGGCUUGCCCUCCGUUAGUGCCAGCACAAAAGGGGAAAGCUCGUGGAGAGGGAGAAAUGCAAAUGAAGCUCGAGAAAGAUGUGCAUACGAUCAAGGAGAGGUUUAGGAUGAUACUGCGGAUGGCCGCACGGCAGGACAAAAGUCUGUUGUUACUCGCAGCGCUGGGCUGUGGCGUUUGGAAAUGCCCUCCGAGACAAAUAGCAGAGCUCCUCAAGGAAUGCUUGGGAGAGCCCGAAUUCAACGGCUGGUUCGAGGACAUCUGGGUUGGAAUCUACGAUGAAGAGGUCUGCAGGAUAUGGCGCGAGGUUCUGGGGGCUGGCUCUUCAUAA